AUGGAACACUGGGAAAAUCUAUGCCAUUUGCUGUAUGAACUUAUGCGAACACGUCGAAAUCCACAGUGUUGGACUUAUGCUGUCAAAUUUUUGAGUUGGUCAGAGUUACUCUCUCUGAUUUCGACACGCGAAAAGCUCCUUGAUGGUUUGUGUGAUAUUUUGAUACCGUCCUAUGAGUUUGACAAACCUUUGGAGGCAUCCUGUGAUUUUCUUGCUCAACCCCUAUAUUCUAAAUUACUGGCAUUGUGCUUGUCCAACUUCCUGUCCACACCAUCCGUAUCGACGUUAAAAAUCGUUGUGCGGCUAACCACUUUUGGGCUGUUACUGGUUAAGCUGGCUCCAAGUACCUACCUUCCGGUCCUAGACCAGUUGGCGGAAGCAGUCCACGAGAUCACCAGACAUAGCUCCAUGGAUAAAUUGCAUAGCACCGACGCCGUCCUGCCCUCGUUCGAAGAGGCAUCCAAACUUUCAGUCGCUAAUUCUCACUUCCAUUUUUCGAAGCUUGCUGAGAAAGAGGAACGAUUUCAGACAAUCCUAAACAUUCUGACGCAGGCUAUGAGGUUUCCGGCCUCCGUCACGAACACACCCCCUUCAGCGUUGAAUGAUGGAGAAGAAAAGGAGAACAGUCCGCGUCUUGGCCAACCGGCGAUUUUCGCUCUCCGUACAUUGGUCAAGCUGACUGAUGCUCUACCUCAGUGUGAUCUCCCAACACAAACUCAUGCAAACAUGAUGAAUCAACUGUUCGACUUGCUACGAGUCUUUCCGACCAGUCUGGAACACGCCGAAGUUCGACUUCGUGCUUGGUGGCAUUUUAUCUGCCGACUACCGGGAGAGUUGUUGGAUGAAGGUUUUAAACGGUGUCCAGUUGCUAUGCUUCUUGGUGGAAGCACGAGGGCUGAGCUAAUGCCAUGUUACCGAAGCUUAGACAGAAGCAGUCGAGAUGCUAAAGCCGAACCACGAACCUUCCGCCUAAUGCUUGCGGAUGAAUCGAUCGAGCUAGUAGACAAACUUGUUUACCUGGGCAGCUGUAUCGCUCCCGGUGGUCUCACGAAAGAUGAAAGUUCCACCCGGAUUGGGAAGGCCAGAGCAGCUUUUGCGAACCUACGUCACCUGUGGCGUAGACGUGACAUCAGUUUCUCUGUCAAGGGUCGAGUUUACAAUGCUGCGGUGCGCUCCAUAUUACUAUAUGGAUCAGAAACCUGGCCGCUGCGCGCCGAGGACGUCAAAAGACUUUCAGUGUUUGACCAUCGAUGUCUUCGGAGCAUUGCCCGAAUCUGGUGGGAACACCGGAUUAGGACUGCUGAAGCCGAUUCGGAUUUUCUCGUUCACAAUAGCUAUCCGCUUGUGGUGGCGUUACUCCACUGGAUGAGACUGAUUUGUGGUCAUGCUUUCGCUCGCAACUCGAGAUUCCCAACCGCCUGUUUACCAGCGCAACCGGUAGAUCGCAUAUGGACAGAUUGCAUCCGUCUAGUUUUGGAGUCGGCGAGAACUGUGCUCACAUCUGACGAGGAUAAGAACGGUCAACAGCUGGGUGUCAUCCGGUCACCAUCAAUGGGAAAGAGACCGGCGCGUUCAAAAUCCGUAACCGUCUUAGAACAGGUACUUUGUUGCACUUGCCAUCUCCUCACUCCCGGUUGCCUUGGAGCGCUUGACAACAGAUCUAAUGAUCUGCCGGCCGGGUCUCCCGAUGCACCACAGAGUCUGACGGAACUUUUGUUCGAAAUCCUGCUCAAGACCCUGGAAUUGGGUGGACAGUGGAUCAGGCCAGACACUAAACCUGAAUUGUUUGGCACCGAUGACCGAGAAAGGAUUCUUCGUCGUUGGUGUUCGCUCUCAAUCCGGCUUAUCAAUUUGGAUCCGCGUUUGGAUAUGGGCGAAGCGGAUGCUGUCUCCACACAUUCCCGAAAGGGUGGUGAAUUUCUCAGGCUUUUGCGUCAAGUACUCUCCGCACUCCUGCCGGACUGUGUUCAAUUGGCAGCCGCCAAACAUUCCUCCACAGACUACGGUAGUCAGGAUUCGACAAUGAGCGUUUUUCUGGGCCAGACCCCCAUCAUUUGUUAUUCACCUGACGCACUUCGCCUGUGGUCCGAACUGGCUGACCGUCUGACGCGGUUCAUUGUUAUUGAGCAGCUGAUUUGCGAUGGGGAUUCCGUGAUGCACCCGAAUUUGUCCGCCGUCCAAGCGACCAUUCUUGCUCCUUUCUGGUUAGCCGGCUCAACUCCAGCACCGACAACAAUGGCUGGUGCAGAUUCCGAAUCUUCUGAAUGGGACAGUGACAAAGUUCCGUCGGAAUUUCUGUCAAACAAAGAUGAACUGGCACUAGCGAAGAGGUUGGCUCACUUGUUCGUGGCCUUCCACCAGGAAGCUUGUUUGCUCACCACCAUGGCAGCCAAUGCCUGGAUCGAUCAGCUUGGUCAUGCUCUAGUGACCUUGAUCUCAGCACUCCCGUCACAGCCCGCUCAGCACUUCAAUUUCAACCUACUGGGUCGUUUGCUCAGGUGCUUCGCACAGAACGCAGAACGUGUUCACGAAGGCGUGAUUGCCAAUGGUCGUUCACUUUUAACCUUCCUUCAAGCCGCCUUCAACCCGUUUACGUGGAAGGUCACGCAGGAUCAUCCCUUUGGACACUUGACAGGCUUGCUGAUGGCACUCAAGCUCUGUUUGCUCCACUCCCCCUGGUUUGCUUGUCCUCCUCCUUCCUCCGGUUCUCAGACCAGUUCCCCACCGGUUCGGAAUCAAUCAGCCAAACCCAGCGCUCGAUUCCUCACAUCACCUCCAACGAUCCCCUCCGUCCAACGAUCGGGAUCGUUUGACGAUUCGUCUUGCUCCUCUUCACAAUUGACUCUGGAAGAGCGCAUUGCCGCCACGUCCUAUAAAGCUUCAUGUGGUUUGCUUGAUGCGCUGGAAGCUGUUGUUAUCCUAGUGAGGAACCACGCGCAGGAGCCUCAGCUUCUAACCACUCUUGUGGAAACACUGUUGCCCGCCAUUUCGCGUCUAACCGCGUGUUGUGUGCAAGCCGAGGCCAUUCUCCAAGCGGCCGAUACGGAACUAGAUGAGCCCCUGCUCAUCACACAGCGUAGACAGCAAACAAAGACUGCGCUUGAAGACGUCUUUGUUUCCAUUUGGCGCACACUUGGCUGUUCACCAGUCGUGUUAUCCGAGACCGACACAGUUUCCGUCGUCAGAUCACUAUCCAAGCGCUCACAGAAUGUGAGCAACCAGAAACCGCCGAAGUUGAACCCUCAUCUAUGUUCCGGACUGUUGCAAGCGGGACUUACGCUGUGUGACGCAGACCCAAAGUCAUCAGCGGAAACCUGUCCAAAACAAGGCCGCUCUUGGGAAGUUGUGAGACACAGCCUGACAGAGCAUGAGGAAACGGUUCGACAAAUGUUGUGCGCGCCCUCACAACAACUAAGUAAAUCUGCCGACGGCCACAAAGCUCCCAAUUCAGGACGAAAGUUACGUGGCAGAGGUCGCAGAUGCUCGACAGACCGUUCAGGCAAAUUGUCUGGAGGCUCUGAAGAGAACGACACCUCUUUGGCUGAUUUGAAGCAGGAACAGAUGCCACCGAUGCAAUCAAGCCAAACUGAAGACAGUUCCAAAUCUCGUCGACCUCGGCGUGGACGACUUUCACUCAACCGUUCCUCUGUGCUACCCGAGCAACAAACCACUCCCGUUUUAAAAAUAGAGCCCCCGGAAACACCUACACGGUCAGCUCCCGGAAAACUGAUGGCCGCACGCCGAGGACGUCGUUCUAUGCUUGCCGUGUCUCCACAGAAGAGAUCACCAGGUAUACUGGCUAGUGUUUUGGGCAUUCAACCUGGCGUCAAUAUCAUGGAAUCCAAGAGUACUUGGUCCCCGGCUGCCGGAGGUGGUUCCCCAAGCCCCCUUCCCGCUGGUCGCCCAUUGGUCAAGCGUCGUCUUUUCAUGAGCCCUUCGGAGAUACCCGGCAAGUUCAACUUGGCGGCAAAUGGGCAACGAAAACGAACGUCGUCGGAUUCAGAGCAACAUUCUGGGUGUAAGCCCAAGUUUAAACUGGAAAGCGAAGUGCUACCUCAACCAAUCGAUUUUGAGGAGUCUGCACAGUUUGUAUUUAUUCCGCCUGCCCCGGACAACCCUCGUAAACGUCGUCGCACACUGACCUCUCACCAGAAGGAGCGAUUCGAAGAACAAAGAAAAGACUACUUACCUGCAACCUACACCGAGUUGGAUGUUAGUCAGCAAUCUAUGGGUGAUUCUCAGUCUGAGUCUCAAUCUCAGUUCAGCCAAGUUUCUUGGGACCAAUUCCGAACCAAGACGACAGUUGACGAACCGUCAGAGCCUGUGUUGAGUCGAAACGAACCACCCGUGACCGAUACGCCUUCCACUGCCGUGGAAACCGGACAGCCUGUUUCAGCCAUCCAGACUGAAACACAAACAGAUUCAGAGCACCCGCUACCGACAACCCCCAGUUCCCCUGAACAGACAUCAGCUGUUGCUGCUUCUGAUCCGUCGUUGGAUUCUGAGAACCGGAAUCAGGACACAAGCAGUUCUGUUUCAACUGAUCAAAUGGUGGAAAUACCGAAACAAGAUUCGCUUACCAUUGAAGGUCCAAGCUCAAGUCGUGCUCAGCGCAUGCUUGCUCUCGGUCUUCAAAAGGCAGCGGAACAGACGGCACGCCAGAAACACACAGACGCUACGCCUCGUACGCCCGAACGCCGCUCGAGUCCAACUGCCAACCUUCAGUCGUUGAAAACUCCUUCGGGAGCUGAGUCGCCAUGCGGCAUCAUGCGCAGCAUCGCGUCACGCAAAAAAUCCCACCGAGUGUCAUUUGCAGAGCAGCCAGUUGUCUACACCUUUGGAAGCCCAACACGUGAACAAAGCCAGGGAACACCACCGCGUCCCCCUCCAGUUGAGCCGAAACCACCGCCUCCUACCUCGACCGAAACCAAAGUGGUUAUCGACCUCUCGUCCUCGAAACCAAGUUAUCCUGACGUUUCAACACACGCCAGUCCUGAACCAGUCUUUGACGUGGACCUGGAUAAUUCGCAAUCAGUUGGACAACGCUCUCAAACCAAACCACUCAAUGAUGAAUCCCCUCCUCGUGCACAGCAUCGUCAACGGAAGUCGAACUCACCGCAACGUCUUAUAAUAACUCCAAGAUCCAGUCUUACUAACAGUCCAUCACGAGCUCACAGAAAAGAAACCAAACUGGAUAGCCGAAAGUCUGUCUUUGUCAAACGACGACGUCUUUUUAUGGCUGACUCUCCCGAGCCUGUUGUUGAAGUCCCUGCAACCGUCAUGCUGCAACCUGAGAAAUUGCCAUCAGCUUCUGUAGUCCUGUCCCGCCCAUUGGUAGUCGAUAGUGAACCCACUGAAAUUGAAGAUACGCAGUCCAGUCAAACUCCGGUGUCUCUCAGUUCAUCUCCUCCGGUGGCACUGUCCGAGUCGACAAUCUCCGAGACACAAGAUGAUGUGGAGUGCGAAUUGAUUGAGAGUAGUCAAGGCACGCAGGAUUCUACUCUACAGCCUCCAUCAGAACCCGAACAUUGUAUAACGGAAUCGUUAGAACAGCACACGUCUCCACAACACGCCAUCUCUCCCGCACCCGCCUGCACUGCGGAACAGGAUCAGUCAAAGAACGCCACCAAGGACCCGCUCUCCAUCUCGCAGCAUGGCGAUAGCGAUGUGCCUACUGAACCAACAACGACUGUAGAGCAGUCACCGGAAUCCGGCGCCGAACAGUUUAUUCGACAGAGUCUAUCCCAAAUUGCGGAGAAACUUUCCUAUCUCAAUCCGUCGCAAUAUCCAGCACUAUUAAUGGAAGCACUCAGCACUUUCAAACCUCUAAUGCGUUAAUGUUUCUCUCAAGACCUUACAAAUCAUCUACUUGUGUUUAAUCAUCCUUACCUAGUCAGCUAUUCUCCCACUUUAGCCUAUUUUUUAACGAAAAAAGAUGUAUAUGAAGAUUAUAUUUUGUACACGAUUAAAUGUAUAUUGC